CCUUCUAAAAUCAAGUCUAAUGGAUAGAUCUUCCCAUCUCUACCUCCUUAUAACAUCUCUCUUACUUCUUCAAUGGCCGAUUCAUUAUAGCUCAGCCAACUUAGAUAUCAACACUGAUCGCUCUUCUCUUUUUGCCUUCAAAUCUCGAAUAUCUUUAGAUCCCCAUAAUAUAUUGACCAAAAAUUGGAGUAGUGAAAGCAGUGCUUGUAGUUGGAUUGGAGUUACUUGUGAUUCUCGCUAUAACAGGGUGACUCAGUUGAAUAUAUCGUCUAUGGGUCUUGUCGGAACCAUUCCACAAGAAAUCGGAAAUCUUUCUUUUCUCGUUUCUUUAGAUGUGAGCGAGAACUCUUUUCAUGGUCCUAUUCCCACAUCUAUUUUCAACAUGUCAACUUUAGAAGUCUUGGAUUUGAGGAAUAAUAGUUUGUCUAGUAGUUUACCGGUUGAUAUGUGCAAACACAAUCUCCAUAGGCUUAAGAGACUUCGUAUUUCUUACAACGAGUUGUACGGGGAUAUACCAUCGAGUUUGGGGCAGUGUUCAAAGCUUGAGUAUCUUUCUUUGUACAACAACAGUUUUAGUGGACAUGUGCCAACACAAAUUGGAAACUUGACAUUGCUUCAAGAAUUAUACUUGGGUGCCAACAAUUUAAGUGGUAAUAUUCCAAGAGAAAUUGGAAACUUGGUAAUGCUUCAACAGUUGGACUUUACUAACAACAAGAUAAGUGGUAAUAUUCCAAAAGAGAUUGGUGCUCUCAUUAGAUUACAAUCUUUGGACAUAAGUGUGAACAACUUAAGUGGCAACCUACCAAAAGAAAUUGGAAACUUGGCAAUGCUUCAAUUGUUGGGCCUUGGUACCAACAAGUUAAGUGGCAAUAUUCCAAAAGAGAUCGGUGCUCUUACUAAUUUACAAGCUUUAGAUAUGAGUUCCAACGACUUUAGUGGCCACAUGCCGAGAGAAAUUGGGAACUUGACAAUGCUUCAAUGGUUGUACCUUAGUACGAACAAGUUAAGCGGCAAUAUUCCAAAAGAGAUGGGUGCUCUAACUAAUUUACAAACUUUGGACGGAAGAUUGAACAACUUUAGUGGCUACGUGCCAAGAGAAAUCGGGAACUUGACAAUGCUUCAAUCGUUGGAUCUUAGUUACAACAUGUUAAGUGGUGAUAUUCCGAAAGAAAUAUUUCUUCUCAAUAAUGUACUGAAAUUGUACAUUGAUAUGAACUUACUUGGUGGAUCAAUACCGAGAGAAAUUGGUAACACAACCAUUCAAGAGAUAUCGCUUGAGUACAACAGUUUAAGCGGUCCUAUUCCAUCCACCUUUUGGCAUCAAUCAGGUUUGGUUGAUUUGGCACUAGGUUCCAACAACUUAAGUGGAGAGAUUCCAUCAUCCAUUUGCAACUUGAGAUCCCUUCAAGUACUUUAUUUAUCAGACAAUAAUUUGGAAGGAUCAAUUCCAGAUUGUAUGGGAAACUUGAGCACAUCUCUAGUAAUCCUCCAUUUGAAUGAAAAUAAACUCAGUGGCCUCAUCCCAUCAACAUUCACAAAGGGUUGCAGUCUUCAGUCAAUCAAUCUGGAUGGAAACAAAUUCGAAGGAACACUACCUCGAACACUAGUCAACUGCCAGGAUCUCCAGGCCAUCAACAUUGGUGAUAAUGAAAUACGAGAUGUGUUUCCCUUUUGGAUGGAAACACUCCCUCUACUUCGCAUCCUCAUCUUGAGGUUAAACAAGUUCGAUGGUGAGAUGUUGGAAGCUUCAAACAAUGAGAAUCCGUUUCCAAAGUUGCAAGUCUUGGAUGUAUCAGAGAACGCGUUUGUUGGCUCUCUACCUGAUAGAUAUUUCAAGAACUUUCGUGGUAUGAUAGAUGCAAAGGAAAACUAUACUGUUGAUGAAGACAAUUUGUUUGUAGAAUCCAUAUCGUUGAUUCUCACGUUGAAAGGAUUGGAUCAGUUAUUGGAGCGACUGCUAACAACAUUUACAAUUAUCGAUUUAUCCUCCAAUAGAUUCUCUGGGAGCAUUCCACCUUCUAUUGGGAAUCUUAAAUCUCUCAGAUACUUGAAUUUGUCUCACAAUGCCUUGACAGGACAUAUACAGCCAUCUCUGGGAGAUAUGAGUUUGCUCGAGUCGUUGGACUUGUCUUCAAACAAACUGGAUGGAGAAAUUCCUGGUGCAUUGGCAAGGUUGACAUUUCUUGCGAAGUUAAACCUUUCGAUGAAUAAUCUCGAUGGAAAAAUACCACAAUCUAAUCAACUUUCCACAUUUGGGAAUGAAUCAUAUGUGGGAAAUGCAGGAUUGUGCGGGUUUCCAUUGACAAGAAAAUGUGAGAGGAGCGAUGGAAAACCAUCGUUGCCGCAAGAAGACGAUGAGGGGUCUGGUUUUGUGAAUGGAUUUGGGUGGCAACCAGUUGUGUUGGGGUAUGGAUGUGGGUUCAUAAUUGGAGUUUUUAUGGGCUAUGAAAUUAUUUGCUAUGAAAGGCCAAGAUGGUUAGUGAAAUUUAUUUUUGGUUGAGAGAGUAAAUGCUUUACAUGUGUUUACAUUCUCUUGCAUAUGAUAGUUUUGUUUGUGCAAUUAUAUGUGUUUGGUACUGCUAUUGAUAAUUAGUUUUGGAUGAGAUACUUUAGAAAAAUAUUGUAUUUGGUAAUAGUGAUUGUAAUUACAAAUACUAGUACUAACAACAAUAAUUCUAUUAUUAUGCUUAAAUUGCACAUUCUUCUUUA